AUGUCCAGACGCUGUUCCAACAGAACUAGAGAAAUGACGCGACUUCUGUCUGUAGCGGUUCUUGCUGUUGUUUACUGGUCUUCUGCAGUUCUCUGUCAGACCGACACCUGCUAUGAGAAGGCAGACAUCCUGUUUGUGCUGGACUCGUCAGGGAGUGUUCUGCGCGAAAACUUCCAGAAACAGCUUCAGUUUGCAGCGACGUUUGUCAACCGGUUCAUUGUUGGGCAAGCCAGGUUCAGUGUUAUACGAUUUGAUAGCUCUGCCAGCAUUCUUUUUGGUUUCAACAGAUACACUGACAGUACUUCCUUGAAAAAUGCCAUUCUCAGCAUCUCUUAUCCAGGAGGAGCUACGGACACGGCAGCAGCGCUCCAGCUGGCACGACAGGCUGCCUUUGCCACCAGCAACGGAGCUCGUCCAGGGGUUCCUAAGAUAGUCAUCGUGUGCACAGAUGGCCAGUCCAACGAUCCCAAUGCAACAGCAAUAGAAGCUGCAAACCUAAAAAAUUCCAAUGUAUUGGUUCUUUCAAUUGGAAUCGGUGUCUCAGUAAACAAAGAGGAAUUGGAGACUAUUGCAACUUUUCCGGCUGAUGUCUUUGUGGUCAUCGAUUAUAACCAGCUUCUGUCCAUUGUCUAUGACUACAGUGAGAUGAUCUGUGACGAAGUGAAGUUAUUCAGAUGCAACAGCCAAGCCGAUAUUUACUUUCUACUCGACGCCUCCAGUAACGUCGGUGAAGAUGCAUACAAAAAGGAACUUGAAUAUGUUGGGAAUUUCUCCAAGAAUUUUGACCUGACCAACAUCUACAUUGGGGCUGCCACUUUUGGAGGCUUUUCUGUUCAGAAGGUGUUCAAUAUAGGCCAAUUUAAAGACCAGUUUCGGCUUGAGCAGGAUUUAGCGACUGCUCUGUACCUUGGUGGCAUCACGGAAACGGACAAUGCGCUCAGGUUUGUGAGUGCUCAGCGAGUUUAUGAUGCUGCCUCGGGAGGACGUCCCAACGCUAAAAAGAUAUUGAUUAUCUUGACUGAUGGACAUUCUGUAACAGCUCCCCAAGCGGCUAAAACUGCUGCUCAGCUGCGUGCAUCUGGUCUCAACAUCAUUGCUGUUGGCGUCUCCAAACCCAACAUCACAGAACUGAAGACUCUAGGAGGCCAUGACGUGCUGGAUGUGGUCAGCAACCUGUUGAUUCCCAGAGUUCUAGUUGAACGAGUACAGUCUCUGACAGCAGACACGGUGUGUGAAUUGCCUCAAACUUCCAUAAGAAACGUCUCGAAUGUUUGCCAAGAAAAGAACUUGGAGAAUGGUAUCCAUCCUCAUCCAUACAACUGUUCCCAGUUCAUCAUGUGCACCUUUCUGAAGACUGACGUCAUGUCCUGUCCGGGAUUCGAAAUCUACGAUCCAGAAUAUCAGACUUGCAAUUACCCUGGCCUUGUGAAGGACCCAUGCAAAGACAUCCCCAACUAUUCUCCCCGUCCCACUCCGAAACCAGCGACUACUUUAGCAACUGCACCAUGUCGCAAGGGACUUCUGGACAUCCUGUUACUCCUAGACUCAUCUGACAACGUCGGCAUCAAUGGUUUCGGCGAGGAACUAAAGUUUGCGGCAAAUCUGGCUGAGAAUUUCCAUUUGGGUCAAGACGCCGUACAAUUCGCAGCAGCAACUUUCAGCAACGCCGUGGUAGACUUGUUUAACUUUGACAAAUUUGGGAAUUAUACACCACUUCAGAGGGCAAUACUAGGCGCUAAUUAUUUGGGUGGGGCGGCAAAUACCAAUCUAGCAUUGAAGCAAGCAGUCACUUUCUUGGACCAAAGUAAUGGAGGUCGAGACGGUAUCCCCAAGGUGGCUGUUCUGUUCUCUAGCGGAAGAUCCAAUGACACUCAAGCAACCAGAGAUGAAGCAACUGCCUUGAAGAAAGCUGGUGUUUAUGUAAUUGCUGUUGGUUUCUCCAGCCCCGACUUGGCAGAACUAGAAACGAUCGCAUCGUCUCCAGCCGAUGUUUACCUCGCCUAUGAAUUUGAUAGUGUUCUUAAAGCUCUAACCAGAUACAGCAACACAACGUGUGCGAAUCCAGCCUACGAGGACUGCCACGGAAUCCAGUUUGCGGAUGUCAUCUUUGCUCUGGAUUCAUCCACCAGUAUCUCACCUUCUGACUACAUCAAACAACUCACCUUCGUAGCUGACGUCACAAACUCAUUUACUGUGGGCCCACAAGACGUCCGCUUCGGGGCCCUUAUCUUCAGCACGGACACAGUCAAACUGUUCGAUCUCAAAGACUUUGAAGAUCCAGACACAAUCAGAAGU